GCAUGGACGGGUUUGCCCGAGACCGAGCCGAUGCAAACGCUUCAAGGCGCGAGGGGAAAGCAUUAGAAGGAUCAAGGCUAAUCAAGAUGGGCGGCAUUUCUUCCGCAACACCCCACAUUCAAGCUUCAAAAGUGGGAUUAUCCAGUUCCACGGACCCCUCCAAAUAUAUCCCCUUGGGUCGGCAUUGAAGUACCAUCCUACAAUGCCGCUCUGUUCGCUCUGCCAGUCCAUUCCCUUCGACCACCUGCCGAAUCUCUCAGGCUCAGAAUGGGCCCUUGAGGUAACUGGCGGAGAGGAGAUCCAGAAGUUUAUCCGCCAGCGAAGGACUCUACAGAUUGAUGAAGCUCUCGGUUUCCCUCACCAUUCAAACAUCAAAUCUCUUGAGGCGCAUGCGAUCGGGUGCGAGCUCUGUAGUCUGAUGCACGAGUCUGUCCGCCGUUUCGUCGAUGCCUACCACGCCGAGAAGCAGGACCAUGUGUUCAAGUUCAGAGAAGAGGCUGGGGAUGACGGCUUUGACGACGCCGUCCCGCUCUGGCUUACGAGGCGCCUAGAUGGCGGGGACGGCUUCCUGGCUUUUACCCCAUCUCGAUCCGGGAGAGCUAUUUAUCUGGCUUGUGCCGUAGGGUUUUGCGUUGAGGAUGACUCGCCCCUGGCUUCAACUUACCAUGGGCGUCCUGUCGAAGAGCAUUCGGGUGGUGAGAAGACACUGGCUCGGGCGGCAGCCUGGGUGGCAGAGUGCGUGAAGGAGCAUUCACAUUGCAGUCCCAACCAGAAUGUGCAGCUACCAACCCGUCUACUCGACUUGAAAUGCGACUUAGAGCCAGACAUUGUCAGACUGUGCGAAUCGAAUGGCAGGAUUGGCACAUAUGCUGCCCUCAGCCACUGCUGGGGAAAGACAGAACAGUUUACUACGACGCGUGCUUCCAUGGCUGAGAGGAUGCAAGGCAUACGGCUCCAAGCGCUCCCCAAGACUUUCCAAGAUGCCAUAGCUGUUGCUCGACGACUGUCGAUAGACUAUCUGUGGAUUGACUCGCUCUGCAUCUGCCAGGAUGAUCCCGAAGACUGGGUCCGGGAAUCCGCUAUGAUGGUCAACAUCUACGCGAACGCCUACCUGACAAUCGCGGCCAGCGCUGCAGAGAAUAACACGGCCGGCUGUUUCGGGUGUCGGGCCCUUCGGCGCUACGGGGUCGUCCAAUCAGCUCCGAAUGCCUUUACUCAACGCAGAGACAACGGGCAUGCGUUUCUUGCUUUCUUACUACCGAUCUUUGCCGCGGCUGACAGCUGGAUAUAUCUGGCCAUGCAGAAAGAACCUCUAACCGACCGGGCAUGGGCUCUGCAGGAACGAGUCAUAUCCCAGCGCGUAAUACACUACGCCUCAGACCAGAUGUACUACGAGUGCAACAAUUGUUUUCGCAGCGAAGACGGCUUCCGCGUUGAGGGUCGCUUCAUCAACUUCUUCCAGCCCCGACCCGAAUUCCAGCAGGCCGAGAACACAGGGGCAAUGGGUCCACACCACUCAAAAGACCAUGAACUCUGGGCGGACGUGGUAGAAGAGUUCUCGCGGAGACAGCUAACCGUGGCUACCGACAAACUUCCCGCCUUGUCAGGCAUGGCGCGACUAUUCGCUGCUCGCACCCAGGCCAGUUAUGUCGCAGGGCUGUGGAGCGACGCUCUUAUUGAGGGUUUAAGUUGGCAAGGGCAUGGAUUUCCCAGGGACUAUUACGUUUCAGAUGAGAAUGAGAAUGCGAAUGCAGUGAGGAGGCCCUAUAUCGCGCCGUCAUGGUCUUGGGCGUCUUAUCCGGGGAGAGCGACAAUGUGGAAUAUGGGGUUUGCCCCAGUUGCCACAGUCCUGGACUACCACGUUUCUCCCGAGUCGGCAGCAGAUCCGUUCGGCCGGUUGGCAGACGGCUGGGUACGGGUCCGCGGACUUCUGGUCCCGCUGGGCAUCAGCACCGUUCCAGACGGCGAGGAGGGUUCUGCUUUCUUUGGCCGUCGGCGCACGAGACUUAGGACACCCUCGGGUGACCCGGCCGGUGCCUACGUGAUGUUUGACUACAUCCGAUCACAUGAUGAAGCGCUGGUCAAGAGCCUCAUGCCGCUCUUUGCGCUGGUGCUCGCGCGGAGCAAUGGAGAGCAUCCCUGUCAUAAGGCGCUGGUUGUUGCACCAGACCGGGAAUUCAAGGUUUGCUUCCGACGAUUGGGCUACAUGUUUCUAUGGCCUCACCAUCUGGGGGACCCUGCGGUUGAUGAUCCCGCCGGGUUCACCACUGUUACUCUCGUGUGAUCAAGCCGCGGAUGUUAUUAUAUCGGAAUUACCUCUAUUCACGAUGUCCCUCUGCCCCUCUGUGUCUAUUCCCAACGGGACUUACCUCCUCUCGCUCUGCAAUGGGCAGGAACUUGGGGUAAAGCGACGUCCACGGGUCUGGAGCGCCAAUAGCCAGCUCAAAGAUGGACCUUUGUUGCAGAACAUUACGUACGCCGAC